CAUGACAACAUAUCCAAAUAUUAUCUGAUCUGUCACAUUUAUUCUUAAAAGAAAGAAUAUUAUUGCAAUAUAGUCAAACUGAAAAAGUGUAAUUAUGUCGCUUUACGAUAAAAUCCAAUUGGAAAUGAAAGCUCAAGAGCCUUGGCCUAAAGAUGUGAGACUUUUUCAACCCUAUGAGGUGGAGCAAAUCCUGCUACCUGACAAUGCCAACUGCUUGGCUGUGCAGACAUUCCUGAAGAUGUGCAAUUUGGAAUACAAAGUUGACCCGAGGCCCAAUGCUGAAGCCAUGUCACCCACUGGUAAAGUCCCAUUCAUCAAGUGUGGGGCAUUCAUCAUUGCUGAAAUGGAACCAAUUGUGCAAUUCGUCGGAGGCAAAGGAAUCACAUUGACUGAAUCUAUGUCCAUGGAGGAUAAGGCAGAUAUGAGGGCCUACAUGACCCUUGUCAAUAAUGUCCUUGGAAAUGCUGAGAUGUAUAUUUGUUGGUGUGAUGAUGAGACUUAUAGAGAAGUUACAAAAGCUAGGUAUGGGUCAAUCUACCCAUGGCCAUUAAACCACAUUCAAGUGUGGACAAAGAGGAGUGAAGAGCUUAAGAGGUUGAAGGUUCUGGGUUGGCAGCAAAAGACUUUGGAGGAGGUGUACAAUGACGUGGAGACGUGCUGCCAGGCUUUAACGGAUCGCUUAGAUAAAAACGACUUCUUCUUUGGAUCUAAACCUACCGAACUCGAGGCUCUCAUCUUUGGACAUCUGUACACUAUUUUGACAACGCCAUUACCAAAUUCCGCAUUAGCCGAUACAGUUAAAAACUUCCCGGAGCUUAUCAAUCUCAUCAAGAGAAUUGAAAAGACGUACUUCAAACGGGAAACAAAUCAUUAAUGUUAUAUAAAUACGACGAAAAGUAGGUUUUAUUUGUAUAUACAAUAUAUAUUUAGUCCAUCCAAAUACAUUGCAAUUGUUAAUUCUUUGU